AGGGCUGACUGCUGCAGUCUACUUAUUGACCCUCUUUAUGCUUUGGAUAUCCAUAUGUGGCAAAUUAAUGGAGAACCGGUUCAAGUUGAUAUCAAUUGAUGUCACACCAGUCGUGCGUAAAAAGUGGAGAUACAUGUCCACUCUUCUUAUUUCUCCUAAGUCGGGUGUGACUUGGUGAGACUGGUUGCAAGGCGUUCGGCAGAACGGUACCCGCGUAUGGACCAAGAAUGAAUAUGAGAUGUUCAUUACUGAGACGAAGAAAGAAGUUCAUUCCUCUGCUGAGUCUAUGUGUCCUGCUAUUGGUCAGUGUGGAAUACAGCUACAUCGGUGAAUCACCUCCCCCAGCUGCUUUAGAUGACAUCCAGACAUUUCACAAAUACAAUAUUAACUGUUUGGCUAUAUAUGACAUGGAACCAGUGGAGGUGGGUAAAUCUCUGAUCAUCAGAAGGAACCAAGUUGUGGAGGACAAGGAUGAAAGUCUGGUUAACCUCACCUCAAACUGUCCAUUAUUCAUCAAGUCCAGAGGUUAUGAUGACGUCAAAGUCUCAGAGGAGGAGAAAGACUUUCCUCUUGCUUAUUCACUGGUUGUGCAUAAAUAUGCAUGGAUGGUAGAGAGAAUCAUCAAGGUGCUGUACACACCCAGUAAUAUCUACUGUAUCCACUAUGAUCAAAAGUCUUCAGCUGAGUUCAUCUCAGCCAUGGAGGGUUUAGCCCGCUGUUUGCCCAACGUCUUCAUCGUUUCCAAGCGAGAGUCUGUCUUCUAUGCAAGCAUCAGUCGACUGAAAGCUGAUCUCAACUGUCUGUCCGAACUUUUGAGGUCAGAAGUCAAGUGGAAGUAUGUCAUCAACCUCUGUGGCCAAGAUUUUCCCCUCAGGUCCAACAUCGAGCUGGUGUCAGAACUGAAGAAGUUGAAUGGAAGUAAUAUGCUGGAGUCAAGCCGGCCCUCUGAGCAUAAAAAGCAGAGGUUCACCUUUCACCACGAGCUGAAAGAUGCCAACUUUGAAUAUCAAAAACUGCCCGUGAAAACGGAGCAGAAAAAGGCCCCACCACCACAUGGUAUCGAGAUGUUCUCUGGCAGUGCCUACUUUGUCUUGUCACGGGACUUUGUUGAGCACAUGAACUCCUCAGCUGUGGUGAAAGAUUUUCUGGCCUGGUCAGAGGACACCUACUCCCCAGAUGAACACUUCUGGGCCACACUUGUGCGACUGCCAGAUGUACCAGGGGCGGUGUCCAGAUCCCAGCAUGACAUCACUGACCUGAUGAGUAAGACUAGGCUGGUGAAGUGGCAAUACCUGGAGGAGAAGCUCUACCCACCUUGCACAGGGGAACAUGUUCGCAGCGUUUGUAUUUUUGGUGCAGCGGAAAUGCAUUGGUUACUGAACUCUAGUCACUGGUUUGCCAAUAAGUUUGACCCCAAAGUGGACCCCAUUCUCAUUCAGUGCCUUGAGGAGAAGCUGGAGGAAAAACAAAAGUUAUUCCCAUCAAUGGUUUCUCAUACUCAGCAUAAGGGUUAACCAAAAGCUGCAGUGUACUGUAGGGCAGCAAUGAUUAGUCAAUUAAUCAAUUAGUCAAUCAACAAAAAGUUAAUCGAUAAUCUAUUAAUUGUUUAAGUAAUUUUUAAAGCAAAAAUGGCACACUUUUGAUGGUUCCAGCUUCUCAAACCUGAGAAUUUGUUGCUUUCGUUGUCUUAGUUUAUAGGAAAUUGAUUCUCUUUGAAUUUUGGACAAAACAAGACAUUUGAUGUCAUCAUCUUGGGCUUUAAACAAUCGUGAAGGACAGUUUUCAGACAGUUUUCUGUUGUUUACUUGUUGUUGUUUUCUUUAUAAACCAAAAGAUUAAUGGAUAAUUCUUUGCAGCCCUACUACAAUAUUUCCAGAAACACUUUUGAUCAGAACUACUUUCUACAAAAGAAAUAGCGAUAAGAAAAACAUAUUUUAUAUUUGACAGGUAAUUGAAGGUAAUGACAACGGUUAUAUUUAAGAUCUAACAUGCCCCAACCUGCUUAUCUAUUUGAACUACUGGACGCAAAAUGUCGCCUUCACUGAAAAUUGAUUCUAAGUAUAUGUGUGCUGGAGGUUUCCACAUCAGACUUAUGUAAGGCUCCAAACUAGCUGUGAUGUCACACAAGACACGCUCAUACACACAUGUCAACGCAGAGUUAAGGUGAGCACAGAGAAACAUUCCUCCUUCAGCAGAUGAAUGUGAAAACAACCUUCUAGUGUCAAACCCUGCACAUACCUCAUUCUGCACAGUGAAGCUCAAACAUCCAAGUGAAGCAACGAUAAGCAAAAACACAUUUCUGAGGGGAGGGGGGCUUUAAAAUUCACAACAUCAGAUCAUAAAACAAUGUAGGUAACAUCCACUGAACACAGCAAAAUAUACAGCAGAAAACAGCCUCUCAAUACAUCUUUAUAAUUUCUGAAUGUGAAGUAUUUCUUUCGGAUAGAAGGUUUGUCAGUAUUGUAAUCUUUAUCAUUUUCAUUGAUAACAUAACUGCAGUAUGAAACAUUUAAUUGUCCCCACGGAUCUCCUAUUUUCUCAUCUGUUAGUCUGAUGUCUUGGCGUGCACUGUAGGUUGACAAAAAGCGUACUGCAUACAUUUUCUGUAUGAGCGAGUGCAUUAGCAUGCAUGUCUGCAAGUGUGUCCGUGCACAAGAUGUACAUAGAAGGAAAUGAAGGGUCUGAGAUAUAACAUUAAUCAUUUAUUUGUAGUUUCACUAUAUAUGUGUAAGCAUCUUUUUUUCCUUCCUGGGAUUUCAGCGUAUCAUCGUGGUGACAUGAGCACCAUGUGAACUUUUUUUGCAAAUGUCAACAAUGGAGAAGUAAUGUAUAUUAAAUUACAAAGCUAUUACAACGCCUAAUAGAAAAACAGAUACUUGACAUUACAGAUUAGCAGUUGAACAGGAAGUACCCUGGAAAUACUCAACAAUGGUGAGGGAGAAAGGAACAAUACACUGAGAGUAGUUUUGUCAUUAUGAAUUGUAAAGUACAAUUCAAAUUCUCUCUCUGCAUUGUGAAAUUGUUGGCAUUGAGAACAGAAUAAUUGCUGUGCUUGUAUAUAGAAAUGUGGUUGAAUUUUCUUGUAAAUUAAGGUCACAGUUUGACAGGAAAAUGGCUGGUGGUAAGUGCUGUACAGUACAUUCACUGCACGACAUUUACAUGGUUUAUCAUUCAGUGGUAGUCAACACUGUAGGUUAGAAAAAAAGUGCAAACAUUUUUUGAGACAUUGAGAGGUGCAAGAGAAGAACGCAUGAUUAAGAGGUUGAGAAACUGAGGAUGUUGAUGAUUUAAGUACUAAACAAAACAGACGUCAAAUGUAGCUGUUGAGUAUAUAUGCAGUACAUUCUCCUCAGGAAUGAUAGAUAGUGCCAGUGUAUCUCCCCUGAUUACCAUACAUUAGGAGAAAAUCUAUCCAACCUGCAACUAUUAGCUUACACACAGGGGUGUUUGUUAACACUUCCGUAUCACAGAAUGUCAUUAACUCCAGUUUGUGUAUGUGUGUGUGAGUGAGCUAGAUGACCUGGCUUGAGAACACUACACCUGUGUACCAGUAGGAAUGUCAGGUGUUUGUCUGUCUCUUGUUUUUCUGCGGCCGUUUUGCGCUACAGCCGAGCUGGAGAGCAACUCAGUUGACAGUCUGUGAAUUGACAUCAUUCGGCAAACCCUCAUACUUUAGUAAAUCCAAAAUUUAAAGCCACUAUGUGUGGGAAUUGAAAAGACUUUUAGACUUCUGUGCUACCCACUGGUCUUUUGAAUGUGUCCAACCCCAGGGACACUGAGAACAAGGGGAUAAAAGCAACACAUGCUGCACCAAUUUUCACAGGGAUUGAGUCAUUUUUUCUACAAACAAAAACUUGUGCUGUCAGAAUGCUUUCUAAAAUAAAAAAAAACUAAAAUCACAUAUUUUGCAAAGACACACAGAUUCUGCUGUGCUACUUUCUGGUGUAACCACGCCUUUAAAAAAAUAACACCAAAAUAUGUUUUUUUUACUUUGAUUUUUGCUUAUUUAGUCAUUAAUAUUUAGUGCUAUAGAGAAACACUAAAGAUUUGGAGCCAAGUUUUCACGGGCUUUCCGGUAUAUUCACGAUAAUCAGUUAAAAAUUAUUAUUUGCAAAUUUGACCCAGGUUGGUUUCAGAGUGAUGUGAACAAAUAUCAAGUUGCAAAAAUAAUUUAAACAAGUGAAGAAUCACCUCUUAAUUAUGUUGCCAGUGAGAUGCAUCACAGAGUAAUCUGAUUUGUAAACCAACAGCAGUGUCUGAUGCUUGAAGAAAGCCAAUAUGUUCAGAGUGGCAGUUAGAUGCAGGUCAAGGGGAGAGCUGUUUCAAAAUUGUUAAGACUGCUGUCAGACUGACAGACAAAGUGACAGUAUAACAGAUAUAUAGUGUGUGCAGGGGACCUGACUAUAACCUGACUUUCCAAAGCAAAACCUGGCUCAGCUGAAGGGAUUCGGGCUUUGUGGAAAAAGCGGCAUCCUUAGAGCAGAAGAUUUGGGUAAACUCUACAGCUUAAACACUCUUGGUCCUUGUUCUGUUUGAAAUGAAACUUUACUGUAGGUGGCUUGCCAGCAUUUUGUGCAAAGCUUCCAAAAUCAUCAGCUUUCCUUUUCUUAAAACCCAGGUCUGUUUUUUUACAACACAGACUGAGCAACAUAUCAGUCAGACUUCUGUGUAAAAGACACAUUUUCCAACUCACAUAAUACAACAUUUCCACUGUUCAAAAGAGAAAAAAAACAAAUAAAUGUAUACAUUUAAUUUAAUUCAUGUCAGGAUAAUACACAAUUGACCUCUGGGUUAUUAAACCUGCACUUCCUCUCUA